AUGUCGGUAGUUCCUCAUGAUCCUGAUGCUCUCGGCGAAGCCGAAGCCGUCGGCGAUGUCGAUCCUGAAGCUAAUGACAGAGAUGAAUUUCACAUGGAAGAGAUGCUAAGGGAGUGGACCGACGAACCACCAAUCCGCCACGAUGUGUACCCGGAGAGUGAGAAUGAAGAAAACGACGACGAACCUGGAAGAUUUGAUACACAUGUAAGGCGUGGUGAUGGCCAUUUGUACUCGAAGCAGAGUUUCUUCAGUGGAGUUGCAUUCAAAGAGGCGGUUGUUGAUUACGCUCUCAGAACCGGAUGCAAUCUGAAGCAGUACAGGUAUGAUAGUGAUAAGAUUGGAUUCAAAUGUGUUGGAAAUGAUGGUAAGGAGGAUGGAGCUCGGUGUGAAUGGCAAGUUUAUGCGGCAAUACUUCCGAAGGAUCAAAUGUGGAAGAUUAGGAAAUUCAUUGACAAACAUAGCUGUAUCCCAAAUGGAGAAUGUGAGAUGUUUAAAGGUGCCUCAUAUAGCUAG